AAAGAAAAUUAUCAUGCAGCCUUCUUUAAGCUUCUAAAUAUUUUCUCAUUUUGUUUACAUGCAAGGUAUGUUAGAUAUACUUUUAAUGGUGCAAGUAUGUAAAUUGUAUCUUAGAUUUACCUACUAGCCAUCGUGUGUGUAUAUUUUAUGUAUGACUGAGGGUGUUGAAUGUUUUAUAUAUAAAGACAACCUCUACUUUAAACCCGUUUGUUUUUAAAUAUGAAAGCUGUUCGUCAUCUCCGUGACCUUUUCUAGAAUAGCCAUUCAGACAAUCCUUUCGCUGGGUAGGGAUGAUAAAUAGCGUAUAGAACUGAUUUUUCUUAUAAUCCUUGGGCACCACUUUUCGUAGAAAUUGAAAACCCAAAAAGUACGGAUGAAGACUAGUAUUAAUUAAGGGUUUCUUUUCCAAGAAUUUACAAUAUAAUGUUGUGUGAACUUUGGUAUAUAAUAUAGUAUUUAAGCGACGUCUGAUGCACAUUAAAUUACCUACCAGUCUUAAGAAUUUAUACACUUGCGUAUGUUGUAUAAGGUCUGAGUGUAGUAGGACAAUCAAGUCAUUUUGAUUUUUAUUUUUUUUGCAGGACCAUGAGAAGAAUUUUAUUUUUUAUAAGUCUUGGGACGUUUCUCAGCAAAGGUCAAGGUGUAAUUAAGGAGUGCUACGUCAGCAAAGACGGUGUGAACACUUACCAAGGAAACAAGUCCAACACGAUUACGGGACGGACCUGUCAAAGAUGGGACGUCACUGUCCCGCAUACCCACACUCACGUGGAUGACCCAGAGGCCGUGGAGAAUUACUGUCGUGUACUUAAUGACGUCAAGCCGUGGUGCUACACGCUGGAUAAGAGUGUUCGAUGGGAAUACUGCGGAAUCCCAGAAUGUGAAAAGGAAAGCCCAGAUACCACUUUGGAAGAUCUGCCCAGUGUACCAUCAACUGGCAAUAGUGAAAAUAUCGAUUGUUAUGAGAAAGGUCAGGCUUACUUGGGCAACAUCUCCACCACAUUUACUGGGCUCACUUGUCAGAAAUGGAGUGCACAGAUACCACAUGAACACGACCAUGCUAACGACAUCAAUGCGGAAAUGAACUUCUGUAGAAUCAUUCAGGACGAGAGACCCUGGUGUUAUACCACGGACCCAAACAUCCGGUGGGAGUACUGCAUGAUUCCGGACUGCGAAUCAGUUCGGGUUCUUCAAGAACUUACUUCCGAAUUCGCACGCAAGAUCCCCGUCACAUCCAAAAGCAUCUCCACGAAAGAAACGUUAAGUGAACAAACAGCAGAGUCCGACAAACCGGAAGCCACGGCACCGGGAGCCACGGCACCGGAACAAGGAUUGUCAGAUCACUCAGACACCACCACACUAUCGAACGACUCCAAUAUGCGAAAUGCUUCUACUAUUCAAGACAAAAUAACAACGUCAGGCCCAGGUGCUCUCUUUGUCAAGGACACUGAAGUGAAAGUGAAACCAGCUGCUGCGAGGUCCCUAGUUAAAUCCCUUUCUAUAACCAUGGCAGAUCCUGUGCAAACAGCAGAUACAGAUCUAAACCCGGAUGUAUCAAUUCAAAGAGAGCUCUACACUAGUGAUUUAAACCAAAAAAUCUCUAUUCAAUGUUUUGUAUCGCCAAACCAGGAUCUCUACAUUCACUGGUAUAAAGACGGCGUGUUCUUGGAGGACAUUGGUCUAGACAUCAGAACCGGGUCCAUUUUGAUUCUCAAAGACGUUCAGGAGGAGGAUAGCGGGGUAUACACCUGUGAAGCUGGUAACAGUAGAGCUACAACCACCGUUCUCAUAGGAAAAGGCAGACAAGACAAAGCACGAUAUAUACUUGAAAAAACAGUCCUCACGGAUACAACAACGAUAGGUUACCGCACAUCGUUUUCAUCAGGCGUGACUACUUCUACUGAAACACCCAACCCCGAAAUCACAGAUAAUAUCCCAAACACUACCAAUAGUCCAGUAUCGAGAUAUGUUGAUGCCACACCAAACUCUAUCAAUCCUAUUGAAGAUUCCGUCACUCCCUCAAUAACCGCACCUCAGAUUGUUCAGACCACUACUCAACAGCCGGCCACGACAACGGCCAGCGCCAUCAUUCAGACUACAUCUCAACAGCCGGCCACAACAACGACCAGCGCCAUCAUUCAGACUACGUCUCUAUAUACGAUGAAUAACACAGACUUCCCUCAGCCAGAUCGAUUGCAAGAUGAGUUAUAUACAACAACCAUUAAAUCGGUUAUUUCUACUCAGUCCAAUAACCAACAGAAACCAAUUAUAGAUUUCACGACAUCUCAACCCAAAAAAUCAACCACCCACGACAACGACAGGUUUUUACCUUCUCCGUCUGGCGAAUUGUCUUACAACAUACAAACAGAACGCGGUCAAAGUGCCAUCAAAGUACCACAGAGAGAAGAAACGAAACGUCCUUUAGUUGUACUGUCGAAAACAGAGGAUCACGUGUCACCUAAUGUAAACUACAACGUCCAAGAUCGGAAACCGGAAUCAUUCCGAGUUACCGUUCCUGUUAGAACAUUAACUACUUCACCGAAAGUGAGAACUCUCCAAGUGGCACGUGCCAUUUCUCAGCAAUACGAAAACGUCAAUCCACCCAACACAAAGUUUAGCUUGCAGUUAGAAGAGAAUCGGCGGAAGUCGGAUGGAUAUCAACAUGGAUCAGGAGACUGUCGGACUAAAUGUGAUGGUGAAAGAAGCUGUUAUGUGGAUUACAAUUGCACCCACUACCAACACUGUUUUGAACAAGAUAGUCUUCAUUGUGCGUGUGCAUUGAUGACUUGUGCCGUGGGUACCUUCUGGAACUCAGCGAUUCAUAACUGUGACGCUGUUAGCAAUGUCAAUUGUGACAAAGAUCUAUGUAAACGACAAAGUCGUGGGUCAACGUACUCCAGUGGAUUCAAUUGUAGAAGUUACUAUCAGUGCAAUGAGAUGGGCCGCUCGGUGGCGAUGUGUUGUACAAAUAAGCAUUCUUACAACCCGGAUAAAGGGAGGUGUGUGUAUGACGAGUCAUGCGAUAUUGACUGUACCUCAAGGACUCCCACGGAACGCCAGAAAGAUCUCAGGGUCAAUCUGCAAGUAACGGAAACGUACGACUUAUGCUAUUUACGACCGGUGAAGGACCGACCUACCAAAUAUUUCAAUGAUGUGUUUAAGGUAGAGCAAGAUUGUCCCCCCGGCACUGUAUUUAUGGCUGAUAUUUGUGUGUGUGGUUUAUCGCUGAAGAUUUCACGGAAUAUUCCUGUCACUUUAUACUCUAAUGUUUGUGACGGUAACAUUGCGGUGGAUUUCUCUGGACGAAAAGUCAUCAAUGAUGCGCAACGACCGGCUCAUCUACAGUCCACGGACGUUCGUAUCAUUUCCUCUGGUAAAGCAGGUCUGAAUUAUGGUCUUUUCAACGGACGGACAUCUCAGAUCUUUUCUGAACGUUUUUUCGCCGUUACGUUUCGUCGUCUGCUGAUUCGGAUGCGCUUUUACAGUGAUGGUAGUGGUGGACCAGAACAUCAGAUUCUGAUAUCAAACUGUGAUUCCAUGGCCAAACCAUGGAACAUUCCCGAGUUAGGGCCUAGUCAAAAGCCGUCCCUAGCCAUUAUUCUAUCUAGGACUGCAGGGACUUUAACCUUUUUAGGAUAUAGUGCUUACUCCACUCCAGCAAUCAUUCGUUUGCCUUACUCGAAAACGAGCUGGAAUAAUGUGGAGUUGAUAUUCGAUGGAAGGACGUUUGAAGCCCGGGUCGGGACGGUGGGAAAAGGCGGCACUUUGUCAGAGUUCAAAGAUUCUAAACCAUUGUCAGGGAGAAUAGCAGUAUCCAUUCAGCCCCUGCGGAUAGGAAAGUGUUCUAAACAUGAUGCGUUUUAUGGCUACUUUGAUAUUAUCAAGAUGUACAACAAUUGUAUCCCGAGUGAUUCCUGAAUUCCAAUGUUUUCAUCUUAUCAUUUUCAUCAGUCACCUAUUUAUUCUGUCAUCAGCAUCAUUCUUAAAUUGUUGUAAAUAAAAUGAUAUGUUUUUGUAUAAGUAAAUAUUUUGAAAAUUC